GGGGGCGCAGUCUGGAGGGAGACUUGAGGCGCUGCUCUUCUUCUGUCCUACUCUAAUCCAUCCAACCCGCAUUGUUUAGGAUCAGCUGUGUGUCCGAAACCCCACCCAGGCAAGGGCGAACACACACGCGCGCGCGCGCAGUAAGAGAUUAAUUCGGAACCCAGCCGCAGUGGACCGGAACCUGAGUGUCGAGCUGUUUUCUGUCCUCUUGUUUUCUUUUGCGUUAAAGCCGGAAGAUUUUAUCCCUUCAUCCUUCCUCCAUCCUCCAGGCCGCAGUCAGCUGAUCGAUACACACACUACCGCCUUCAUCACCAUCAUCGUCCAGCUCCAGCACCAGGAUGAUCGCGUUAUUUAAUAAGCUCCUGGACUGGUUCAAAGCUCUUUUCUGGAAGGAGGAGAUGGAGCUCACACUGGUGGGCCUGCAGUAUUCCGGGAAGACCACCUUCGUCAACGUGAUCGCGUCAGGACAAUUCAGCGAGGACAUGAUCCCCACUGUCGGCUUCAACAUGCGGAAGAUCACCAAAGGCAACGUCACAAUUAAGCUGUGGGAUAUUGGUGGGCAGCCACGCUUUCGCAGCAUGUGGGAGAGAUACUGCAGGGGAGUCAGUGCCAUUGUGUAUAUGGUGGACGCUGCAGAUCCGGAGAAAAUUGAAGCAUCUAAAAAUGAGCUGCACAACCUGUUAGAUAAACCUCAGCUACAGGGAAUACCUGUUCUGGUGUUGGGCAAUAAGAGGGAUCUACACGGUGCACUGGAUGAGAAGGAGCUGAUUGAGAGGAUGAACCUGUCUGCCAUUCAGGACCGGGAGAUCUGCUGCUACUCCAUCUCAUGUAAGGAGAAGGACAACAUCGAUAUCACACUACAGUGGCUGAUUCAGCACUCCAGAACCAGGCGGAGCUGAGAAGCUUCUGAUUGGAGAAACAGUAUCAUGUGACCACAUGUAUGCCAAGUCCCACCCCCUUGGGUUCAGGCCCCUCCCCUGCUCUAACUGGCUAAAUGCCUUUCAUUCCUGUAGAAAUUGUGAUCGAUUUGAUUUGCACUGUUUACAGUUUUAUGUUUGUUUAUUUGUAAAACUUUUGCAUUUUUUAUAAUAACGAGAUUAUUCAGACCAGAUGGAUUUCGAAUGUUGAUUUUUUUUUUUUUUUGUUUGUGUGUUUUAUGAUAAAAACAUACACUGAAAUAAUAAAAUGAUCAAUGAAAUCACACACACACACACACACACACACACACACACAACCCCUUCAGAACCCAGACUGAGAGGACAUCAUGAUUCAGUCUAACAUGUAUUGAUUAGUAUCAUGUUUGUGUGUGUUUAAAGGAGAGGCUAAUGUAGCUAACAGGUGAUAGUGUAUAGCAUCGUGUGUAUAAUCUUCAGCAUGCAGUAAACUUUUAAUGGUUGUGUAUCAGUAACGACAUGACGUUCCUCUGCCUCACCUUUUUUCUUUUCCUGCGCGUGUGUUGUGUAUUUUUAAGACUGUUUCAUUUCUUUAAACAUUUAACUCCUUGAAACACACACACACAGUCAUGGUUCUGUUUGGUUUCAUUGCUCAGUAUGUGUAUUGUUGUUAGAAGGAACCCCCACCCGCAUAUACACACACACACACACACACCGAAAUCUGGGAUUUUAAAUCUGUGUAAUCAGAUGUGUAUUAAUCUAGGGAUGAGAUGGGAAAUGAAACAGAUGUAGGUCAGGGAGUUCACUGUCUCCUCACUUUAAGGUAAAAUAGUGUUGAAGUUCCAGUCCACCUUAAAUAUGUUGUCUUUUGACCCCGAGUCCAGAUGUUGGAGUCAUUUAUUUACAGAAAUGAAAGAUUCCACUGAAAGUCCAGUCCAGGUCUUUCCUCUUUAACUUAUUUCUCUUUCUGAGACCAGCAGCGUUAGAUCUCCAUGUCCACGCGUGUACAGGUCGGGAUUUUUCAGACACGCGGUUGAUUUUAAAAACUCACCCUAUUUUUAACUUGAUGUUGUAAAUAACAACAAAAUCUCAAACACCCUUUGUCUGACUGGACUCCGUUGUGAUAUCUGUGAUGAAAUUUAAUCAAAAUAAAAGACUUCAUGGUUUAGAGUAA